CAGGCUGGUUCCGAACUCCUCACGUUCUUCUGACCUAGCUUUCUAGUCCACCACCACCAAGGCUCCAGCUCUUUUUAUUAGAAAUGGCUGCCUGACUUGGGACAACCCUUGACUACCUCAGUUUCUCGCUUUGUGGUGGUAUUAGUGAGGAGAUUGUAGAGUGUUAAUUGUGACUGCCCCACAGGAGCAGUUACCCGCGUUGUAAAAUGUUACAGUAAAUUAGAAUAACACGGCGAAAAUUAGCAUACCGUCCCCCUCCCUCCCCCACCCCCACCCCGCAUUUUAACUGCAGCGUCAGCAGCAUCUUUACACUCUGUGGAGGCAUCCCCGAACCUGAUCCCCUUUUGGCCUCAGCAUUCCAUUUGGUGUCUGGAUUACUUUUUGGAACUAAUCUGCAGAAGUCAGAGACAGUCACUCCUCAAGGCUCCAGGUGACCACUCCUGCUUGACUCCGCCCCACGGAAAGAAGCAACCAGGAGGUCACAUGUAUACAAGCGUGGACUCCUGGAGCUGGCAGGGACCUUGGAUUGUGUUGGGCCUCGAUCUCCGAUGGCUUACAUGAACUAUGGCUGUUAUUGUGGCCUUGGUGGCCAUGGAGAGCCACGUGACGCCAUUGACUGGUGCUGCUACCACCACGACUGCUGCUACUCUCGGGCUCAGGACGCUGGCUGCAGCCCUAAGUUAGACCGCUACCCAUGGAAGUGCAUGGACCAUCACAUCCUGUGUGGACCAGCAGAGAACAAAUGCCAAGAACUUUUGUGCAGGUGUGACGAGGAGCUGGCUUACUGCCUGGCAGGGACCGAGUACCACCUGAAAUACCUCUUCUUCCCCUCCAUUUUAUGUGAGAAGGACUCUCCCAAGUGCAAUUGACAGGCUCACAUGUCCCUUUGCACAUGGAAACGCACUUCACUUUCAGUGAUCACCAACAGCAUGCAAUUUGUGCAGGAGAGUCACCGGAGGCCAAGUGCUAAAGCCACCUGCGUUUGCUUUCUCCUUCCAUUCAGGAACUCACAACUAUGAGCCUGUGGAGUUGCCAGUCUGAUGAAGGUUCAAAGUCCUGGGCCUGUUUUAUACAAAUAGCGCUGUGUUGGGCGUGGUAUACUUUUUGAAAUUCAGCCUUUAUGAGAAGCUGUACUAUCUUGUACCUGCUGCAGGGCUGCUGGUCAGAUGUGGGUGAACACCUGCUUAGGCUUGGCUGUGGUAAUAACAUUGCCACAUGAUACAUCUAAGAAUUGUAACUGUAAUAAAAAAAUGUUCCCUAACUGGC